AUGGCGCAGGUCUUCUCGUCCCCCGCAGACGCCAGACCCGGGGGACCCCCGCCAGAACCCAUUCAUGCGCCGUCAUCGUCGCUGCACGUCAUUCCCGAGGUGUCUCUAGCCGUGGUGGUGCUGGUGCUCGUACUGCUCGUGUGCCUGCUUCUGCUGCACCGCUACCGCUACCGGCUGCGCAUCUCCUGCUUGACGGUUUGGGAGGCGCAACUCGACGGCGAAGGGCGGAGUGCAGGCAACCAAGGGAGUGGCGGCGGAGCGUUCCUUGCUGGCAGCGCGCGCAGCGGCAGCAGCGCGACGGGCGGAGGCAGAGCAGGAGGAGGCACGAGCGCGGGUCGCGGGGCGAACUCGCGGCUCCGCGUGGGGGGCGGCGGCGGUGGUAGUGGAGGCAGGGCAGGGCGGAGGGACGAGAGCAGCGAGUGGGUGCACGUGCUGCUGGACAUACACGGAUUCAGGGACGCCCUGGGCGACGACCACUCGUACCGUGUGGGGGCCGCUGGGCUGGCCCGAGGGUAUAGCCGCGGUGGCCGUGGGCACGGCGGCAGGCGGGCGCCGUCUGGGCUGGAUGUGGCGACGAUCAACUCGUUGGGGGCUCUCACGGUGUUCGAGCGCAGUAAGGUCAGCGUCAAGGGCAGCUUGCAGCAUGCGGAGAGUGGGGCGGGGAAGACGGCGGAGGUGCAGGCGGAGAAAGGGUGCGCAAGGGAAGGGCGAGAGCGGACGAGGGAGGUGGGAGAGCAGGGAGAGGAGCACGAGGUGGUUGGCCGGGCAGCAGAUCAAGGGCCAGUCGAGGGCAUCGGGCAUGGAGGCGGAGGGGAAGACGGGUCGGGGCGCGAGAGUGAGGUUGUUGUGAGCUGUGAGGAGGGGGAGUGCGCUGUGUGCCUGAGUGAGUACGUGGAGGGGGACGUGCUGCGCACCCUGAACAAAUGCCACCACCACUUCCACCAGAUUUGCAUUGACGAGUGGCUUUCGGGCAGCACCUCCUGUCCUCUGCUCCAUUCUCUGCACCCCGCGUCGUCUGACCCCUCGAUGCCUCCAGCAGGUGCUGAACCAACCGCUCUCCCCCACACCCUACAGCAGGAGCAGCGGAAUGAACAGCGGGGCGAGGUGGCAGAGAGGGGAAGGGUGGCAGAGCAGGUGCAGCUAGUGGAGAGCUUGAGAGGGCAAGGUGGUGAGGAGGGGAGAAGGCAGAUCCGGAGAGUUGAGCAUGAUGGAGCAGCAGCAAGAGGCCCGAGUGGACAAGAGCAACAAGCAGAACAGUCAGUGGCCGAGGCCAGGUUACAGCAGGCACGUGAGGAGGGGUUAUCACCUGCUCUCAGCCUUCCUGCUGCUAGAGUACUCCAUGUGGGGCCAAGGAUGGAAGCUCAGCAAGCUCCUGCACGCUCACUUCUCAGCCGGCUCUGGCUCGCGGCGGCUCCAGCUACUGGUGCUCAUGGGCUCAGUAUACCAUUAGGCAGAGGCAGAUCACAUCAUGAGAGUGAGGCACACGUAUCAAUAUAG